UCCUGCUGCUAGAGUUUCCAAGCAAUGAUAUCGCACACCAUCUGCUUGAACUCUAGAUGUGAAUCAGACGAUAGGGUUGCUCAGGAUUGCGAAGAUUAGUCAGGCGUAGUCACUUCAAGCGAUUCAACACACUUGUUGCGCGUCGAGGCCGGUUGGACUCGUCGCGUUUCCAGGCCUGUCGUUCCGGGGAUGCGUGUCAGUCACUGCCCCCCCCCCCCCCCUUUUUUUUAAUCCCGCCGAUGCCUGAAAUGGCGGAGUCUGUUGAAAACAUGCCUCGAUUCUGCUUUUGACUCGACUCAAAAGCCGGGGAUGCGAGUCAGGCAUUGCCUUUCUCUCACUCUCUCUCUCCCGAACGAUGCUUGGAAUGCCCGAGUCUGUUUUUUUGUCAUGCCUCGACUCGCGGCAGUUUAGAUUAUAGGCCCCGUUACUACGCAUCCUGGAAGUUUUUCUCAGGUGCAAGCAACUAGAUAGUGGAAUUUAAUAGGUUCUGAAUAUCCAACCGCCGCCUGUUUUAUCCUUGCUAAAAGCAUGAGUAAGGUGGGAGGAGGCGGUGGCUUUUGAGAAUUCUAUUUUAUCCUCGCUAAAACCAGUUCACCUAUUUGAUCCUAGCUGAAAGCCAAAAGCUUGAAGCAUGAGUAAGGCGGGAGGAGGCGGUGGCGGGUCCGCUCUAGGUCGAGCGGCCAUGGCGUCAGCAGCGGCUGGCUUGGCGGUGCAGCGGCAGCGGGCCUUGCAGCAGCGAGUGGACGCUGACGUCAUUAGCAUGGUGGAAAAUUUCACCAACAUGAUCAAAGCGUCCAAGAUCAACGAUCCAGUGCGCAACUCCCAGGAGGCGUACCAGAUUGAAGUGCACUCCGCCAAGCUGGUGGGAGCAGCGGAGUCACUUCUGAAGCUAGUGGCGCAGUUAAAGCAAACUGUUGUGUUUGCUGACAUGUCAGCACUGAAUGCCAGCGUGGAAAGGCACAAAGAGGAGUUCAAGGAAGAAGCUGAUGUGGCCAAUGAGGUGGUUGCAUGUGUUGGGGAAAAGGCAACAACCUUGUUACAUGAUCUAGAAGACAUGUAUUUCACAUCUAAGUUGAAGUAGUAAUAUUCAGGCCUCUCUGACAUGGGGCUUCAAUUAGUUGUUUUGUGUUUUCUCAAGUGGAUUUGCUAAGUUGCUAGCGCUGAUUUACUUUCCCAGAUUAGGGGUACACUAUAAUGU